GUAUAUAUACACACUGAAAAAUAUUAAGUAAUUGUUGAUAUAAAAAUAAUAAUUAACAAUGUUCAAGUAAUCAAAGAUUUUAACUGAAUGUUAAUAAGUGGAAUUGACUUUUGAUUGCAAAAGAUCAAAACAAUUCACUAAUUUAUUUGUUGACAAGUAAAAUAUGGAUCAGCGUGAACCAGCUUUGGGGGACGAGGAAGAAAAAUAUGAAAAUAUAAUUAUCAAUGAAGUCGAUGGUCUACCAAAUUUACACCCCAACUAUCAGCAACUGGAACUCGAGUUCGAAGAAGAUAAAGAUCGGACGAAUACGAGGUCUCUUGAUGAGCUGGUGCACGAUGAGGAUUUACCUACGUCUGUUAUUGUAACAAAUGUAGAUCCACGUGUGUUUAAAUCUAAUGAACUUAAGGCUGAAAUUGAAGAAUUGUUUAAACAGUUUGGCGAAAACGCGUCGUUUCAAUACUUCAAAUCGUUCAGAAGAAUGAGGGUGAAUUACAAUUUACCAAGUGCUGCUGCUCAUGCGAGGAUACAGUUACACCAAGCUAAAUUUGGGGAUACAAAUAUAAAUUGUUAUUUUGCUCAGCCUGUUACGCCAAUAGAUAUCGAAGAUCGGCAUCUUCAUCCACCAGCAUUAACAAAACAGUUCUUAAUUUCGCCUCCAGCAUCACCACCAGUUGGAUGGGCACCUAGACCUGAGGAUGAACCACUAGUUAAUCAUGAUUUAUUAGCAGCUAUUGCAAAUUUAUCACCAGGAGGAACUCAUGAAAUACAUCCAGGUGGGUCCGGACAACCAGGAAUAGUCGUGCACGUAUGUGAAAAUUCCUCUGAAAACCCAAUAAAAAAACUCCCUAUACAACAUACACGUUGUCCGGAACACUAAAUAAUAAUCAAAGGGUAAGUGUCGUCCACGAUGGCUAUAAAUUGUUAACAAUCCAUCCAAGUGAUAUUAUAAAAAAAAAGCUACAAGAUAUCAUGCAUAAAAACAGUUAACAAGCCACGAUAAAUUGUUAAUUGUUCAAUGCAACAACAAAUAAAUUCCACUAAAUAAUAAAUGCUGUUAAUUCACAAAUACAUUUUUAUGUGAGUGUGUGGACACGUCUCAGUAUUCAAAUAAGGUAAAUCAAUUAAAACUAUU